GGGCGGCAGUGACGGCCCCGGCGGUGACGGCGGCGGCCCGGGGGGCGGCGUGGACGCCCGCGGCGCCGGCUGGGGCAUCACCGCGGGCCUCGACCCCGAAAUGGCGCUGCUGGCCGAGCACCUGCUGAAGCCGCUGCCCGCGGACAAGCAGAUCGAGACGGGGCCCUUCCUGGAGGCGGUGUCCCACCUGCCGCCCUUCUUCGAUUGCCUCGGGUCCCCAGUGUUUACUCCCAUCAAGGCGGACAUAAGUGGCAACAUCACGAAAAUCAAAGCUGUUUAUGACACCAACCCAGCCAAGUUCCGGACGCUGCAGAACAUCCUGGAGGUGGAGAAGGAAAUGUACGGGGCACAGUGGCCCAAAGUGGGGGCCACGCUGGCGCUGAUGUGGCUGAAAAGAGGCCUCCGCUUCAUCCAGGUCUUCCUCCAGAGCAUCUGUGAUGGGGAGCGGGACGAGAACCACCCCAACCUCAUCCGCGUCAACGCCACCAAGGCCUACGAGAUGGCCCUCAAGAAGUACCACGGCUGGGUGGUGCAGAAGAUCUUCCAGGCAGCGCUGUACGCGGCGCCCUACAAGUCCGACUUCCUGAAGGCGCUCUCCAAGGGGCAGGCGGUGACGGAGGAGGAGUGCCUGGAGAAGACCCGCCUCUUCCUGGUCAACUUCACGGCCACCAUCGAUGUCAUCUACGAGAUGUACACCAAGAUGAACGCCGAGCUCAGCUACAAGGUGUAGGCGCCCGGCGGGGACAGCCGCCCACACGCGGCCACUCGCGGACCCGGGCCAGCCCGGAUCACUGUGAAUCGCAGGGCCGCCCUUGGCCCGCACACCCCGGAGCAGCGGGGGGCUGCCUGGGGGCUGCAGGGGACGGUCCUGGUUUUUUAAAGUCAUUUUGGGGUCUAUCAUAAUGGAGCAAUAAUUAACCAUCCUACUUCUGAAUCUUCUUUGAAUUUCACAACAACACAGACCUUCGUUCCCGUGUGGUAAAAGUCAAUUAAUUUUUCUAAUAAAUCACGUCCUAGGGUUUUUGGGGUUCUCCCUGUGUGAGCAUGACUCUGUGGGGACAGUGUCAUACACCGCACUUUCCUUAUGAGGAUCUGGCAGAAUGAUGUUUUGGGAAUUUUAAGGACUAUGAAGACUUUGAUUUAAAAUUAUACAAGACCCCGAUUGCGGGAUUUUUUUUUUUUUUUAAAGCAAACUGGUGUGUGUUCUGUGGUUCACACAGCCCAGCCUCAGAGCACUGUCAUCACAGAUCCGUUCUUUCUCACUGUCUUUUGCCAGACAGUCUUUUUAUAGCUGAAACCAACCAGCAAGCCUUUGAUGAUGGGGGUGGGGGUGGGGGGGUGAGUAUUUUAAAGCUAUCGGGCACAAAUUACUGACUGAAGAUGACUGUGUGCAUUCUUCUGCAUAAUUAUCUUCUUCAGGGAUAGCUUUUCCAACCUAAGAAACUACCUACCACGUGUGUUCUCUCAAGGGGCAGAGGAGGAACUCUCCAGCUGCUCAGACCCAAGAGAAUGCGUCCUUGUUGCCUUAACUGUCCUUACUGGCGCUAAAAAGAGCUGUAUUUUUUAACGUUGGGGCAAACAAAGCAACUCCAAAAGAACUGAUGUGUGUUAAAAACCCAAUGAGGAACAAUUGGUGAUUUUUAUGGAGAAACUAAAUAAUCCUUAAUAAAGAAAUCUCUAUUUUGGAAUCGCA